AUGCAUGACACGAUAGUCCGGUUGGCAGAUGUAUGGAAGACGUGCAACAAGAUCCGCGCGGCCGCCUUCCGCGUGGGGCUCAACCUGUGGGACUGGUACAGACCCCUCGACCCUGAGGGCAACUCCCUCAUAUCAGAGUCAAAGUUCGUGUCGAUAUUGGCGGGGCCGCUGCGCUCCGUCAUCGGGCUGUCAGACUCGGAGAUCGCGCAGCUAGCAGACUACUUCCGUGCACAAGAUGGCCGCGUCCUCUAUCAUCAGUUGUGUCAGAUUAUACAUGGUGAAGACGCGGGUGGUCGCGACAAGACGUCGGCCGACUGCAUCCUGGAGGCGUGCCCGCCGCCGCCGGAGCCCGAGUGCCACAAGCUGGACCAGUGGCAGAUCCGCCGCCUCUGCUGUCUGCUGGCCACCAUCGCGGAACGGGACUUGCCACUCAAGCCCUACUUUCAGGACUAUGAGUUGGUUGCAAAAAAUGACGGAAGAAUAACAUUUGCUCACUUCGCGAGGAUCCUCAACUAUAUCGGCGUGAUCGUGACGGCGGAGGACUUCAACCUGCUGGUGCGCAAGUUCAUCAAGGACUCGUACACCAUCGACUACGUGGACUUCCUCAAGGCUGUGGACGAUGUCAAGAAGCAGGGCAUCCGCGGCCUCGGUCCGGCGUAUCUGAACCCUAGUGCCGUGAUCGACACGACGCUGCCCAAGCUGGCGCGGCCGGAGGUGGAGGCGGGCAUGUCCACGGCGCCGCUCGGCUUCCAGGAGACCUUCCACCCCGCGCUCACGCAGCCACACCCCCCCAGGCAACUCGUCGACCUCAUGCUCAGGGUCCAGGAGUUCGUCUUACAGAGACGCAUCAGGGUGUCUGAGUUCCUGAGGGACUAUGACCCGCUGAACAGCGGGCGCAUAGCUCCGCAGCAGUUCCGGCGAGGGCUGGACGCCAUGGGGCUGGGCAGCAUCCUGUCGCAGAACGAGCUGCUGUGCGUGAUGCGCCACUACCUGGACCCCAACGACAGCGAGCGCGUCUGCUGGCGGACCUUCGAGGAUGACUGCGACCAGGUGUUCACGAUCAAGGAGCUGGAAAAGCACCCGGAGGCGCGCGCGGGGGCGGCGGCGGCGGCCGUGCUGGAGCUGCCGGCGCGAGGCUCCGCGCCCGACCGCGCGGAGGGCGAGUCCCCCGCCGACCUGGACGCCGCGCAGGCCGCGCUGCUGCGCGUGCGCGCCGCCUGCACCGAGCGCGCCAUCGACCUGCGACCCGCCUUCUGCGACCAUGAUGAACACAACAAUGGGCACGUGUCGCGCGCGCAGGUGCGGCGCGUGCUGGCGCGGCUGGGCGUGCUGCCGUCGGCGCAGCAGGUGCGCGCGCUCGAGGCGAGAUACCUCGACGACUGCGGCUUCAACUACGUGCGCCUGCUCGACGAGAUGGUGGAGCGGCCGGUGGAGAGCGCCAGCAUCGCGGGCCCCGCGCCCUCCGCGCACCGCCCGCGCGCCGCCAGCGAGGAUCCGCUGCAGACAGACAUCGUGCAGAUACUCGCCAAGAUCAAGGGCAAGAUGGUGCGCGAGGGAGUGCGGCCGCGCGAGUUCCUCAAGCAGUUCGACGCGCGCAACGAGCUCGUCAUCCCGCGCGCAGACUUCUACCGCGGCCUCGCCUCCGCCGGCCUCGCGCUCACGCCGCUCGAGAUGGACACGCUCAUGGAAGUGUUCUGCGCGCCGGGGCGGCGGCGCUACGUGGAGUACGAGCGGUUCUGCAGCACGGUGGGCGAGGCGCUGACGCAGGCGGGGCUGGAGCGCGCGCCGCUGCUCACGCCGGUGCCGCACGUGCCCACGCUCGACUCGCCGCUCAACUUCCUCAACUUCGAGGAGAGGAACGUCGUCUCCGGCGCGCUCAAGAAGCUCUCCAAGUUCCCUGACCAGCUCUCCAAUAUACUGGAGGUGUUCCAGGACAUGGACAAGGAGCACUGCGGCACGAUCCCGCGCGUGUCGGUGGAGCGCGCGCUGUGUCAGCGCGACCUGCUGGCGCUGGUGUCGGCGCGCGAGCGGGACCUGCUCUACAAGUGCUUCGGCUACCGCCGCGGCUGCGGCGACGAGGUGAACUACCGCGCGCUGUGCAACGCGCUGUCGAUCCUGUACGCCACAGCCAGCGCGCAGCCCUGCUGACCUGCCCACUCAUCCCAGCAUUCCCCACCAAAUAAAUACCACUAAAUGUUCUCAAACUUGUUUUAUUCAUAACAUUAUACAAAUAGAGUUACACUUUACAAAAGCAUUUUUAGAGUGUUACACCAAAACAAUACCAAUUUAAUCUACGAAAAGCAAAUGUUUAUAAAAUAUUUGAAUAGUUUAAAAUUCAAUCCUGUUUAGAGGGGUUUAUUUUCGU